AUGUUUCACCGUUCUCUACAUUUCCUCUCUUCCACCACCCUCAUCGUUGACAAACCCCUCCUCCCCGCUGACAACAUUCCGCUCUCUAAUACAAUGGAUACAUACCCAGACGUAACUCCUCUUUGGGAUCUCCCCCACAACCAGGACUUUGCAAACCUCGCAGACAGUGACUUCCUCGCCCUCCUCCAGAAGCAGUUCCCAUCCCCCAAUGGCGCUCCUCUCGGCUUCAUGGGCGCAUAUCCAGACCCGCUCAGCAUUCAGAAUGGCCCCUACUCCCUCCCCAGUCUUACACCACCCUCCGAAGAUAGCAGCCCGAGUCCCCCAAAUUCAAAUAAUCAAGACCCGCCCAGCGAAGACAACCCCGAACCCGCCGCCCCCAAGCGCAAAGCCAGCGACGACGAUCUCUCUGAAGGUCCCAGCCAGAAGGCCCAGCAUACAGAUAGGGAGAAGCGAGCUCCCACCUCCACCAACGCCAAUGCAUCAUCCAGGCGAAAGAGUUCAGGCGCAACAGGAAAGGAUGAGACCCGCCUGCUGAAACGCAAGGAGCAGAACAGGGCCGCUCAACGGGCAUUCAGAGAAAGGAAGGAGAAGCACGUGAAGGAUCUCGAGGAUAAGGUUGCCGAUCUCGAAGCUCAGAACGAAGCCAGCCAGCAUGAAAAUGAGAACCUACGAGACUUGCUCCUGCGACUGCAGAGUGAGAACGUUGCACUCAAACAAUCAACCUUCACUUUUUCGGUCCCAAAAAAUGCUGCAGCAACCCCCAACAGCUCACUUUUCUCCGUGGCGCCUUCACCGCAGUCAGCCGCUCCCUCAUCUGUCGCCAACCACUCGUCUCCGAAGAUGAGCAAUCCAUUAGAUUGGAGCUCUCUAACAACCUUUGAUCCUGCAAUGCUCAACCUUCUUGACGAUAAUCCUCAACCGACGGCCACGGAGGGGGCGAUGCAUAUGGACUUCGGGUUCGGUGGGACCGGAUUAGCCUCCAACGCUCCCUACACAACAAUCGCAAGCAACCCGAUGUUCAUGUCCUUUGCAUCCACCUUCGAUCAUCUAUCGCCUCAGACGGAUGCCUCUGGUUCGACACCCGGAUCUACCUCAUUUACCAACGGUAACAGCGCCUUCAACUUUGAUAUCAACUCCUUAUCGUCGUGGCCUACCCCGUCUUCUAAUUCUCAAGAGGCUACCCUUGAUGAUCUCUUUGCAGGUUACAUGACGGCAAACGGGGCUUUGGACUUCCCAGUGCUCUCGCAGUCACCUUCAUCGAUAAGUCCCGUCACACAUCAUACUACACCAUCUUCCUUGUUGCAUUCUUCAUCAGCAUCGUCGACAUCUUCGCCUUCUGCCCUUGGGUCCUCAGAUCCGCUCAACAAGGGUGCCCAUGGUGAAGGAAAGUGUCCGAAGACCAAGGCGGAAUGUGAGAAACACAUUGCGGCGGAGGGUGAAUCACCAUUUGCUCCUACCAACAACGUGCGCAAGAGCUCGGAUGGGGCAUCGGGAUCGAUUGUAGCGUGUUCAGGGUCGAGUUUCCCUAAGACCACGAAGAGCGAUCGGAACAUCGAAGUGCUAAAUGUUGGGUCUUCGACUUACCCCUCGCUUUCGUGCCAGGAUGCGGAUAUCAACGAACUGUGCUCUGAAUUCACGAGCAAGGCUCGGUGUGAUGGAACGAAGGUUGUCCUGGAACCGGAGGGCGUGAACUCGAUAUUGGAAGCGUUGUCGAAGAAGCAGUAG